GGUAAUCGCCGAGUUGUCUCGUUCACUCGAGAUUUAUAGGAUUAAUCUCUUGUUUUGUAAUUACCAUCUAUUGCCAUAUAUUAUCUCUUGUAGACAGAAAUGUAUCAUCAAGUUUCAAGAGAAGAUCUCUUUAAAAAAUUGUGAAAAAAGGAUACUGCAUGAGAUUGGACGAACCAUUUCUUGAAAAACCCGAUUUCGAAUAUCUCGAGUUCAAGAUUCUCGAAUGAACGUGAUAAGACAAAUAUCGGUAAGAGUUCGAUUUUGAGGACAAGAGAGAUGAAUGACAAUCGAUCGCACGUGCUCGUCGAUAAAUCGCGCGAUUCUUAAAUCCAUCGUAGAUCUAAUAAACGGCAUCCGAUUCGUUUAUUAAUAUACAAAUGACGAAUGUAAAUUCAAGAAUACUUAGAAGCAUUAAAUUCUAAAAUUCGCGUUUCGAAAUAUAUUGAAAUGUGUUUAAUGUGUUAAGUGUGUCUUAUUUCAAACUCCGAGAUUACUUUCAAAGGUUUCAAAGAUUGAACAGCGUACAUAUAAGAAGGAUUUUUAUCUAAAGAGCAGUUAUUUUUCUUUUAGCCAUGUGUAAUAUUUUCGAAUUCAGAUUAUUUUUUCAAACGAGACCUCAAAGGCAUUUAACGUUAUAAGCUAUUGUGAAACAUUUUAUAUAUCUCGAAUUUCAAGUGUGGGACGAAGUCUCGAUUAUGAUGAGACAUAUCUUCAUCAAACGGAGACAGAAAAAACAAGCAGAGACAGAAAAAGAGCAGAGAUAGAAAGGAAGCGAGAGAGGGACACAUCAUUGAGUGGGAGGAAGCUUGCGAUAAGGACAGACCAACUGAGAGGAAAAGCAGAGGGAUCGAGAAGGAAGAAAUACAAGAAAGAGAAAGAAAGAAACAGAGAUGGAGUGAGAGGUCUCUCGAUGUUAAUCGUUUUAUCUGUUGAACGAAGGGACCCGAGCCGGACGUGGGUCCUCUUCCAACGAAAGACACGGAUAUGUCGUGGCUGGACUCUCGGUGUUCGCAUUUGACGAGUGACACGUGUUCAACACUCGCAUCUUUACGGUCCGGGGAACGACAACACAACAACGUUACAAGACUUUGCUGAUUACGACACAUCGUUUCAUUCCUCGUCGUCCUCGCCUCCAUCCGCAUUUUUCUCAUCCUCCUUUUUUUCUGGCCUUUUACGAUUUGACAAAACGGCGGAUUGUCUGAAGAGGAAUUGUGCCAUUUCAUCGGGCGAUCAUUGCUGGCGGACUGCAAGCUGAUUGGAUUCGCGAUCUCUUCAUCUCUGUCAAAGUUCGAUCAUGGACGACGAAAAACUCAAGCUAUUCAAAGAUAAGGCGAUUUAUGGCUAUGGAACGAGUAUCCCACCAAACAAUAAUGAAGACGAGGAGAAUGAAAUGUCGCCGCGGAAGGUGAUUUUUUGUGUUCAUGGAAAAUUAUCAGGUUGUUGUACGGUGGUGAAGAGUUCUAUGGAUGAAAAUGCAGCUACGGAUUAUCAACAGAAUCAGAUAUCCCCAGAAGAUCAUUGUCACAGGGAAAGAAACGAGGAGAUCGACAAGAAGGCCCGAAAGAAAUUGUUGAUUGCAAGUGUGCUCUGUGUCAUUUUCAUGAUAGCAGAAAUUGUCGGCGGAGUAUUAUCGAACAGUUUGGCGAUAGCGACCGAUGCUGCACAUUUGUUGACUGACUUUGCAUCAUUUAUGAUAUCUCUCUUUUCUAUCUGGGUGGCGGGCAGACCAGCCACUAGGAAAAUGCCUUUUGGUUGGUAUCGCGCAGAAGUUAUCGGUGCGUUGACCUCGGUUUUAUUAAUAUGGGUGGUCACUGGCAUUUUAUUUUAUCUCGCGAUUGAAAGGAUCGUCCACAAAGAUUUCAAGUUGGACGCGACGGUGAUGCUAAUCACAUCUGCAGUUGGUGUUGCGGUAAAUCUAGUAAUGGGCCUAUCGUUACAUCAACAUGGCCAUAGUCAUGGUGGACACGAUCAUGGGAACAAUAAUGUAGAAAAUGAGCUCGAUGAUGAUCUCAAAGGGGAACAUUCGAAAAGGAAUAUCAAUGUGCGCGCCGCCUUCAUUCAUGUUUUGGGCGAUUUUAUUCAAAGUGUGGGAGUAUUGAUUGCUGCAUUAAUUAUUUACUUUAAGCCAACAUGGAGCAUAGUGGACCCAAUAUGUACAUUUCUCUUCUCGAUAUUAGUUAUUCUCACCACCGUAGCGAUUAUUAAGGACGUAGUUAACGUUCUGAUGGAGGGAAUUCCUAAGGGUUUCGAGUAUUCUCAAGUAGAAAACACGUUCAUGCAAAUAGAUGGAGUUGUUAAAGUCCAUAAUCUUAGAAUUUGGGCUCUCUCGCUCGACAAGACUGCCUUGUCGGCGCAUCUCGCUAUAAAACCUGGUACAAGCCCCCAGAACAUCUUACGUACCGCUACGAGAAAUAUCCACGACAAAUACAAAUUCUUCGAGAUGACGCUACAGAUAGAGGAAUUUAACGAACGAAUGGAAAACUGUAAACAGUGCAACUCGCUAGCGAAAUAAAUCACCGCUGUUGUAAUUAUACGUGACUUAAUCAUGAUAUAAGAGAUGCGCGGCAUGCAUGGAAGAUAAUUUUGAAAGUCUCGUAAUCCUUACGAUAAUUCAUCGAAUAAAAACAAUGAGAUGAUCGUCUCACGCGCGAAGGCAGCAUACAUGCGUUAUGUUGAACUCUUAUUAUUUUUCUUUCUUUUUUUUUGGUCUUUUAGUUUCGUAAACAAAUACACGAACUCAGUCAACAACAUUCGUUACGUUUAGAUGUGAAUAGUCUUUUUGUUAUUUGAUUUAUGUAAAUUAUAAGUAGUCCUAUAUAAACUAAGCUGCAUCCCUUAAUUAUCAUAAUUGCAGCAAUUAUAACAAAUAUUAUAAUUGUUCCUCGCAUUAUAAAUGACCGUGUUGAUUACUUCCAAGAUGAAUAAUAUUAUUGUGAUUAAUAUUAGUUUAGAAAUGACGUUUAUAUCUUAGUAAAUGUUAGCAGUAAGUCGUCCAUCAUUGUAUAUAUUCUAUAUAUCAAAAUAUAGAGAAAAAAAUAUAUGAAAGAAAAGAUUUAUCUAUCAAUUUAUUUAUUUAUCGCAAAUUUCUAUGAUCUUUGCAAGAUAUUUUAUAUAAUAUAAAAUAUGUAUUAUUUUAGUUGAUAUUAAAAUAAUUAAUGUAAAUACGCACACGAAAUUCGAAAUUCUGUAAUUUAUUUUCAAAAUUAAUUGAUCAUUAUAAAAAGAAUUUUCAUAUUCCGAUAUCAUAUGUAUUGUGUUAAUUUUGGAGCAAAUGCAUCUUCCAUUUCUCAAAUUGCAUAUGCUGCAUUUUGGAAGAUAUGAUUCAAUGAUAGUUAAUGUACAACAAGCUGGUAAAUAUUGCUAUUGAUAAACAUGUAUUUUACAUAUAUUUUAUAAAAUAAUACGAGUAUUUAUAAAAUAAUACAAAUAGUAUAUAAUAGGCAAACUUUUUGUAUAUUACACUUUAUAUAAAUAUAUAUAAUAAUGUAUAAUAUAUAUGUAUAAAAUAUGAUAUAAAAUAUUUUGUUAUUGAA